CAGUUUACUACAUGGCUCUGUUUAGUACUUGAAAAUGACAGAAUGGCGUCGUUGAUAGAAUCAUAUGAGCAGCAAUAUUCCAAUUUGACAGCUGACAUAACGUACAAUAUCAGUAAAAUAUCGAACACACAUGGAGCUGAGAAGCAAAAAUACAUCAGACAGGUUGACAAACUUUUCGAUGAGGUGUCAGAACUGUUGGAACAAAUGGAGCUGGAGGUAAAGGAUUUGCCAUCAAGAGAUAAACAAAAAUAUCAGACUCGUGUCAAAAGUUACAAGACAGAGCUUGGAAAACUACAGACAGACACACGGCGAGCCAAACUCGGUAUAGACAGCAGUAGAGAUGAACUCCUCGGAGAUGAUACACAUGAGUCAGAAGAUCAGAGGAAAAGACUCCUGGACAACACAGAUGCCCUGGACCGUACCUCUCGACGCUUAGAUCAUGGCUACAGAAUCGCUCUGGAAACUGAGGAAAUGGGUGCCCAGGUUUUACAGGACCUAAGUGGCCAAAGGCAGACAAUACAACGGUCAAGAAAUAGGCUUGAAGAAAUGAAUAGCGGUCUUGGGAAAAGUUCUCGUGUAUUAUCAGGGAUGAUGAGACGGAUUAUACAGAAUAGAUUGAUGCUGGUGAUCAUUUGUGCAAUAUUACUACUGGUGAUUGGAUUAGCUAUAUAUUUCAUUGUGAAGAGAAACUCUUGAUGACGAUCUAUGACUUGUAUAGAAUGCAAACUAUUGUGGGAUCAUAUCAGUGGCAAUAUUGAUGGACAUUGGAGGGGAAAACAAUUACUAGACCUUUAUCACCUGGAGUUCACACGACUGAUGCUGGACAGACAGUUGAUGUUGUACACAGGACCACAUCAAGACAAAGAAUGGCACGAAGUCCACUCAUUACCGACAAUACAUGUCAUUGAGUACUUCUGAUUCUUCAAAGAAUAUUUUCAUUUAAUAUAUACUGGGAUCCUCCGUAUUUCUGUUACUUGGUAUAGAUAUAUAUACCAUCACUGGAUACAUAUGUAUUUAUGUAUGUAAUUGAGUUUUAUUACCAUAACUCUGUAUAUAUUUUAUGUCGCCAAAUUUAAACUGGAAUACUGUAAAAACAAAAAUCUUCAUCAGGGAUUUUUCUCAAAUAUUUAUGUAAUGUAAAGGUGGUACUUCAUUAAAUUCCUAUAAUGUUUAGAAAAAUAAAAUAAGCCUAUUAAUAACAGUAAGCCUCUAAUCGCUAAGUCUAUCAAAGAUAUCCUUCAAAUCAUAAUGUCUGUUUUUGCUUCUGAUAGUGGUUUAUUGGAACCACUCGAUGAAUCUACUCAUGUUUUAAUGAGUGCUUUCAUCGGUUUUCAUCAAGGGCAGGUAUAAUAGUAAAUGGAGCAUUGUGUCACACCUACCAGCUACGAGGCACUAAAAUUAAAAUCAACUGUCACAGACUUGUUUUACUUAUCCCUUUGAUGAUUAUUGUUGUCAGAACAGCAUAGUAUGAUCGAUAUUAAACUGAUGUUUCAAUGCUUUAGGAGGUUUCAUUUCUCUUUUUUUUUUAACAUUUAAUUCUAUUUUUUUAUGAUACAUAAGAAUAUACAACAUUUGAUAUAGCCCCCUAUCUAGCUAGUAAAAGCCACUCCAAAGCGCUUUACAGUACAACGUAUACAAUCAAUACAAUUAGCAUAUAUAUACAUUAAUCAAUACAAUUUUGAGAAAUUCGCAUGAGUUGCCUUAUCAGGCGCUUAUUACUAGUCCUAUGUCACCUGGCUUAUAUCUCCCUAAAUGUGAAUGCCUGUGUGUACUUGAGAUGUAUUGUAUUCUGUUUGUACUGGCACCAUGUUUCCAACGGCAUCAUUUAAAGUACCAUCUCACUUGAAUGCUACAGCACAGAUACCACAACAUCCACCCCAGACCAU